AUGGCUUUGGUGUCGCGGACGUUUGCGGAGUAUUAUCAUGCAUUGAUCACACGUGAGCCGUUGCCUGAUGAGCUGCUAAAGCGCGUAUACCGAGAGGAAACAGGCGAGCGGAAGCGCAUCGAGGCGGAACUGGAUGCAGCAGUGAAUGAUCUUCGUCAUGUCAUCGGCAUCAUGAUUGGUGAACGGAAGAAAAAUCGGGACACUCAAUCCUGCCGCCAGAUUACAUACGACAAGCAUACACUGAAGGUGAUGGAGCAAGAAAAAGCGGUGUGGCUGCCGCCAAUUCCACCACGUUCUGUCAUGCCACCGAGGAGGCGCUUUUUUCCUGGAUUCCCAUUUACAAAAUACAACCGACUUGCUGAAGAAGAACAGGAGUUGCGUCACUGGCUUUCUUCUCUGGAAGCACGCCAGCGUGUUCCUAUUGAAGAGGCGUGUUCCCAUUCAUGGCUUCUUUUGCUGUGCUUUCACCAGUGCAAUGAGCAAGAAACUAAUGGUCGUGCUCGUGUGGAGCGUGAAGAAGACGAGGAACGCCUCCGUAUUCGUCGUGACGUGUUCCGUCUGGCACCACCGGACUACUUCCGCUACCUUUGGAUGGAGCGAUAUGGGACCAAGUCUGAGCCAAAGGAGAAGACAUUUUAUGAAUUGUGUGAAGAAUCUCGUGAGGCUAUUGAAAAUGAAGAACAGGAUGAUUGGCGCUGUAUGAUGCGUUGGCUUUUUGACAUGUAUGGGGUUAGUCUGUUUUCCGUUAUCCGAAGAGAGGUCGCCGAGCGGUAUGAAAUUGAGGAAUUGGAAAACAACGAGCUCUGGUUGUCAAUUGUUUCCUUGUCGCGCAAAACGUUUGGGCCAUACGGGAAGCACACCGCCGCGUUGGCGUGGCACGCAGGGGGCCGUCCUAACCUGAUACGCAGCCUCACAUCAUUGGCUGCGGGACACGAUACCCGAGAAGCUGCUGAAAAACUGCGCUGGGACGCGGAAGAGGAGAGAAGAGCCUCUGCUCCGCACGGCCCAUUGGAGGAGGCCUUGUAUGACGAAAUGAAUGAUGCUUGGCGAGAACUUGAAUUGGAGCAGAAAAGCGCGGACGGGAAGAUGAAUAAGACUUCACCGGAGACUUAUUCAACUGCUCAUGCUUCUUCAAAAGAGUCUUCGCGUGAAGAGAAAUUUUCAACUACUAAGCCCGAACCGGAGACAGCCUCAGUUCCAGAGGAACACCGCGGCUCGAGGAAGGUUUCCAGUGCAGUGCCCGAGGGCGAGGAAUAUCCGACUGAGGCCGAGAGACCUGUUGCCACCGACGAGGACGGUCACGCGCCGGAGACAGCCUCAGUCCCAGAGGAACACCGCGGCUCGAGGAAGGUUUCCGGUGCAGUGCCCGAGGGCGAGGAAUAUCCGACUGAGGCCGAGAGACCUGUUGCCGCCGACGAGGACGGUCGCGAACCGGAGACAGCCUCAGUUCCAGAGGAACACCGCGGCUCGAGGAAGGUUUCCAGUGCAGUGCCCGAGGGCGAGGAAUAUCCGACUGAGGCCGAGAGACCUGUUGCAGCCGACGAGGACGGUCACGCGCCGGAGACAGCCUCAGUCCCAGAGGAACACCGCGGCUCGAGGAAGGUUUCCAGUGCAGUGCCCGAGGGCGAGGAAUAUCCGACUGAGGCCGAGAGACCUGUUGCAGCCGACGAGGACGGUCACGCGCCGGAGACAGCCUCAGUCCCAGAGGAACACCGCGGCUCGAGGAAGGUUUCCAGUGCAGUGCCCGAGGGCGAGGAAUAUCCGACUGAGGCCGAGAGACCUGUUGCAGCCGACGAGGACGGUCACGCGCCGGAGACAGCCUCAGUCCCAGAGGAACACCGCGGCUCGAGGAAGGUUUCCAGUGCAGUGCCCGAGGGCGAGGAAUAUCCGACUGAGGCCGAGAGACCUGUUGCCACCGACGAGGACGGUCACGCGCCGGAGACAGCCUCAGUCCCAGAGGAACACCGCGGCUCGAGGAAGGUUUCCGGUGCAGUGCCCGAGGGCGAGGAAUAUCCGACUGAGGCCGAGAGACCUGUUGCAGCCGACGAGGACGGUCACGCGCCGGAGACAGCCUCAGUCCCAGAGGAACACCGCGGCUCGAGGAAGGUUUCCGGUGCAGUGCCCGAGGGCGAGGAAUAUCCGACUGAGGCCGAGAGACCUGUUGCCACCGACGAGGACGGUCACGCGCCGGAGACAGCCUCAGUCCCAGAGGAACACCGCGGCUCGAGGAAGGUUUCCGGUGCAGUGCCCGAGGGCGAGGAAUAUCCGACUGAGGCCGAGGCCGAGAGACCUGUUGCCGCCGACGAGGACGGUCACGCGCCGGAGACAGCCUCAGUCCCAGAGGAACACCGCGGCUCGAGGAAGGUUUCCGGUGCAGUGCCCGAGGGCGAGGAAUAUCCGACUGAGGCCGAGAGACCUGUUGCCACCGACGAGGACGGUCACGCGCCGGAGACAGCCUCAGUCCCAGAGGAACACCGCGGCUCGAGGAAGGUUUCCGGUGCAGUGCCCGAGGGCGAGGAAUAUCCGACUGAGGCCGAGAGACCUGUUGCAGCCGACGAGGACGGUCACGCGCCGGAGACAGCCUCAGUCCCAGAGGAACACCGCGGCUCGAGGAAGGUUUCCGGUGCAGUGCCCGAGGGCGAGGAAUAUCCGACUGAGGCCGAGGCCGAGAGACCUGUUGCCGCCGACGAGGACGGUCGCGCGCCGGAGACAGCCUCAGUCCCAGAGGAACACCGCGGCUCGAGGAAGGUUUCCGGUGCAGUGCCCGAGGGCGAGGAAUAUCCGACUGAGGCCGAGGCCGAGAGACCUGUUGCCACCGACGAGGACGGUCACGCGCCGGAGACAGCCUCAGUCCCAGAGGAACACCGCGGCUCGAGGAAGGUUUCCGGUGCAGUGCCCGAGGGCGAGGAAUAUCCGACUGAGGCCGAGAGACCUGUUGCCACCGACGAGGACGGUCGCGCGCCGGAGACAGCCUCAGUCCCAGAGGAACACCGCGGCUCGAGGAAGGUUUCCGGUGCAGUGCCCGAGGGCGAGGAAUAUCCGACUGAGGCCGAGAGACCUGUUGCCACCGACGAGGACGGUCACGCGCCGGAGACAGCCUCAGUCCCAGAGGAACACCGCGGCUCGAGGAAGGUUUCCGGUGCAGAGGAAAUGUAG